AUGUUGUCCAAAGUUCUGCUGGUCCUUCUGAACGCGUUCCUGCUCCUGCAGUCGAGGGUUGAAGGACCUCAGGCUACAUUGGAGAAUCAGACUUCCACCCACGUUGAUGUCAUCACUGCCCCCCAGCCUGAGCCUCUCAGGGGAAAGCUCCCCUCCGAAGAAAUAAAACCUGCUGCUGGGACUGGCAAGCUCCCAGAGGCCACUCGCAUCCUGAACACUAUCCUGAGUAACUAUGACCACAAGCUGCGCCCUGGAAUUGGCAAGAGGCCCACAGUGGUCACUGCUGAGAUCUCUGUCAAUAGUCUUGGUCCUCUCUCUAUCCUAGACAUGGAAUACACAAUUGACAUCAUCUUCUACCAGACCUGGUAUGACGAGCGCCUCUGUUACAAUGACACAUUUGAAACUCUUGUUCUGAACGGAAAUGUGGUGAGCCAGCUAUGGAUCCCGGAUACAAUUUUUAGGAAUUCUAAGAGGACCCAAGAGCAUGAGAUCACCAUGCCCAACCAGAUGGUCCGCAUCCACAAGGAUGGCAAGGUGUUGUACACAAUUAGGAUGACCAUUGAUGCUGGAUGUUCUCUUCACAUGCUCAGAUUUCCAAUGGAUUCUCACUCUUGUCCUCUGUCUUUCUCUAGCUUUUCCUAUCCGGAGAAUGAGAUGAUAUACAAGUGGGAUGAUUUCAAGCUCGAAAUCAAUGAGAAGAACUCCUGGAAGCUCUUGCAGUUUGAUUUUACAGGAGUGAGCAACAAAACUGAAAUUAUCUCAACCCCAGCUGGUGAUUUCAUGGUCAUGACAUUUUUCUUCAAUGUGAGCAGGCGGUUUGGCUAUGUUGCCUUCCAAAACUAUGUCCCUUCUUCUGUGACCACAAUGCUCUCCUGGGUUUCCUUUUGGAUUAAGAAGGAGUCUGCUCCAGCCCGGACCUCUUUAGGGAUCACCUCUGUACUUACCAUGACCACACUGGGGACUUUUUCCCGUAAGAAUUUUCCACGUGUCUCCUAUAUCACUGCUUUGGAUUUCUAUAUCGCCAUCUGCUUUGUCUUCUGCUUCUGUGCUCUGUUGGAGUUUGCUGUGCUCAACUUUCUGACCUACAACCAGAUGAAAACCCAUGCUUCUCCGAAGCUCCGCUAUCCUCGUUUCGGUAGCAGUACCCAAGCCCGUGCUCGUGCUCAUGCCCGUGCUCGUGUCCGCCAGAAUCAGGAAGUUUUCGUGUGUGAGAUUGUCACCGCUGAGGGAAGUGAUGGAGAGGAGCCCUCAUCUUGCCCUGUUGGACGUGUCCCCAGCCCAGAUGGCACCCAGAGUCCCCGCAGCUUCUGCUCCAAGCUGGCCUGCCACCAGUGCUGCAAGGGUUUCCGGAAGUACUUCUGCACCGUCCCUGAUUGUGAGGGCAGCACCUGGCAGCAAGGAUGCCUCCGUUUCCACAUCUACCGCCUGGAUAACUACUCACGGGUUGUUUUCCCUGUGACCUUUUUCUUCUUCAAUGUGCUCUACUGGCUUGUUUGCCUUAACUUGUAG